AUGGGUAUCUCUCGUGACUCCCGUCACAAGCGCAGCGCCACCGGUGCUAAGCGCGCAUACUACCGCAAGAAGAGGGCCUUCGAGAAGGGUCGCCAGCCCGCCAACACCCGGAUCGGCGCCAAGCGCGUCCACCUCGUCCGCACCCGUGGCGGCAACCGCAAGUUCCGCGCCCUGCGCAUCGACUCCGGCAACUUCGCCUGGGGCAGCGAGGGCAUCACCCGUAAAGUCCGUGUGAUCGGUGUCGUCUUCCACCCGUCGAACAACGAGCUGGUCCGAACCAACACCCUCACCAAGGCCGCCGUCGUCCAGAUCGACGCCAACCCUUUCCGCCAGUGGUACGAGGCGCACUACGGCCAGAGCUUGGGUCGUCGCAGGCAGCAACAGCAGGGCAAGACUGAGGAGGACGCGAAGAAGAGCAAGGCUGUCGAGGCGAAGCAGCACGAGAGGUUCGCCAAGAUGGGCAAGGUUGAGCAAGCGUUGGAGAGGCAGUUCGAGGCUUCCCGUCUCUACGCCGUCGUCGCGAGCCGCCCCGGACAGAGCGGUCGCUGCGAUGGGUACAUCCUCGAGGGUGACGAGCUGGCCUUCUACCAGCGUGCCAUCAGGAGAUAG